AUAAUAUAAAAUAAAAAGAAAAUAUAUUUAGAAAAAUAAACGGAAGUGACGCAACCUUUUUUCGAACGAUGACAACGCCUCCGCCCAAACGCGGCAGUUAUGAUUAUUUAGCUUGUUUAGCUAGUGGUGGGGUUUGUUUCCUUAGCAUAAAACAAAACAAAAAACAACUAUGGCAUCGCAUGAGAGAGUCUUGCCGUGUCCGGACUCUGUGUUCCAAUCUCCGGCAAAGGUGUUUGCUAGGCUUAAAUCGAAGGUUCAGAGCGAAGAACAAAUGGCAUGUGGAGUACAUACAUUCAUCUCACCGAGGAAAAACUUAAUGGAAUCUACAGCGGUGUUUCCACUUCGCACUCGCACAGACCCACGUUCCACCACAGAAUCCAAUGGACACUGCGGUACCCCGCUAAAGACAACGUUAUAUGUCGCCAGUUCUGAAGAAGAAUUGUCUCCCCUUGGCGUUUCCAUGUCUCCAGUGUCCAAGUCCUCCACAGUGAGGAUGAACCUACGGAAAAGAAAAGCGGAGCAGGAGAUUAACAAAGUUUGCAGCCGUACAGUUGUCACAUCAGAAAGCAGAAGUGAUAACAAAGGAAAUACAGGAGUGGGUCUUUUCACUCCAAGAAAAGCAAGAAUGGAAGGGUGUGUCGUCUCCUUGGAAAAACUAAACACUCCUAAGGUGUUCGCGUACAUGAAACAGAAGGUAAGCAGAGGAGUGCUGGAGCAAGACAGUCAUGACUUCAUUGAAACGGGUGAAUCCCCUGAUGGAGUAUUCUACGCCAGCGAUGGUUGUCAUUCCAAUGUGGACAAGAUUGACAAAAACAAUGCUUUAAGAUGUGGGCCGCAAAUUCUGGUCACCCAAGAUACACUCGAGUUUCCCAACGGGGAGUCACAUCCUGAGAAGGCCUCUUUGCCUGCAGUAGAGUCAGAACAUUUUUUGCUUGAAGAUCCCAUCCUCCUCACCUCACCCAGCAUUUCCAUUCCCAGGAAUAACUCUGUGCUCAUGAAGAAAAAGUGGCCAAACUUUCCAGCAGUACCCGCCACGAAAACGGUCAGUCUUGAACAGUGGUUCCUGAGGAGAAAUCGUAAUGGCCUGUUUGUGGAAGGGAUCCGCAUAGAUAACAAGACAACAUGGAACAGUAACAUUAUUAUUGAGAGACAUUCUAGCACUGUGCUGAAGACGAUAACCGACAGUAUUUACAACCUAGUGGGCAAGAUGAAGCUAGAUGUGGAUUCUGACCUUCCUCCCUGGUUUUUGAGGAUGUUUGUGAAUGGAUUCCCUGCAAAUUGGAAGAAGCUUUUUAAGAAGUGUUCGUCAGAACUCAAACAAAAGGGUAAAGAGAACACUGAAAACAGAAGCAAAACUGCUGGGACAACAACAACAAAGAUGUCUGAUCUCAAAACAAGGAAGAAAACUCCUGAGCAAAAUACUGUCAACACAAGUGAAUUCAAGCCAGAAACCCCCACAGAUAACACGUUUCAUCUCACUGGAAAAGUGACUCGGAGUGGUCGGAUGGUCAAGCCACCCCUGGAACACUGGAAAGGAGGCAGGGUCUUUUUGGACAGGGAUAUGAAUGUUGUCGUCUUUGAAGGUUACAACACCUCUAUCUUUUGCUCCGACGAGUCUAUGGAUAAGUCGAAGGGAAUUAGCCGGACAUUUCUUCUCAGCGAUGAAGGUCAUACACAACAUAAGCCCAGCAGAGAUGGUGUUCAGCUAGCACCAUUGACGAAGGUUCAGACGCCAUUACGCAAACACAGCCAAGUUCAUCCUGAUGAGAAUCCCUCUAUUUUGAUCAAAGGAAAAGUGAAGGGGCAAAACCGUCACAACCCCAGCUCUAAAGAAAAGUUGAGCAAAGACAAACCUCUGCCAUCAAGUAAACCCAAAAAUCUCCCAGUAGAGAGGUCCAAAACAAAAAUCCGUAAUGCUCCUCCACUGAAAAGAUCAGGGAGAAAACAGACACCCAAUCACUCUUACACUGAUGAUGACAGCUUCAUUGAGUCUGAAGAGCAGCAGCAGGAGGAUGAAACGCAAACGGGUGAAGAGAUGUCCCAUAAGAACACAACGAAAUCUCGACAUAAACCCAAAAAGUUCCCUGUGCCGGAGUCCAAAACAGAAGUGUUCAACGCUACUCCAUUUACGAGAUCAAGGAGAAAAUGCACUCCCCCAAUGGGUACUGGAUUUUACGCAGAAGUCUCUCUAUCUGAAGGCGAGGAGAGGCAAUACCGUCGAACGAUCGUUUCUGAUGAACAGUCAGACUUCGAGAACACACUCGAACAAGAAGAGGCAAGGAAGGUGCCCAACACAAAGUGGAAGAAACGGGGCAAAAGGAGACCCGUUAAGCAAAGCAGGGAGUCUCAAUGCGAGAACAUCAAACCAUUGUCGCACACAAAAACUUCAAAAAAGUCAACCCACUUGAAAAAGAAAUUAGGCAGAGGACACGAUCUCUCUCUGGACUCGGAGGAAGACGAGUGGACCCGGGAUGAGCAAGAAAAAUUACAGCAGGCUCUGAAAAGGUAUCCUCCACAUGUGCCAAUGUACUGGCAAAAGGUGGCUAAGAUGGUGGGCACGCGCUCUGCAGAGGAGUGCCACAACAAGGACCUGUCCAACAAGGACAUGUCCUUUCAAGACAUUACUCCUGUGAAGACCAUGCAGGAAAAACAAAAGAAAAAGACGGGGGCACAAAAAGCCAAAGACAUUCCCCUCAUAUCUGCUGGUAUUAAAACCUUCAAGAGAAAGCAGCAGGUCCGUCAGUUCCUGGAGGAAAUGCCCAAAGAGAACACCAGUGAUGCCUUCAGCGCGCCACAGAGUUAUCGCUUUAAGCUCCCAUCCACCUUGUCAGAUGAAGAAGACUUCUCAAUGGGCAACCCAGAACCCCUGACACCCCUUUCACAAUAUUUCCCUCAAGUGAAGACUCCUCGGGGUGAACUUGCCGCCAGUACAAUGUAUACUCCAAACAGGAAUGAAGAGGACAAGUACGCCUUUAAACUCCGGAAAAUGGUCAAUCAAAAUCAGGUUAACGGCCGCAAACAAAAUCGCAAACAUACACCAUCAGUAAAACCGACAAUGAAACCAUUGAAAAACCAAGCAAAUGAUUCCUUCAUCGUUUGGGAGAUGUUUCCAGAGAAACCUGCAGUUUUGUCGGACAGUAGUGAAGAUGAGGAUUACUACUUUUCAGAUGACGACUGAAACUCUAUGACUUAAAGGGAAUUUUGUGUGCGGUUGUUCCCUGUAUUUCACUUGAAUUGGUUGAUCUAGUUGUAUAUAGACCCUGCUAAUUGAAAUUUGAGUCUUGGGUUGUGUUCUCCUUCACUUGAAUUAAUUGCUCAAGUUGUAAACAGUUGUUAAAUCAUUCGUUGCUAGGUGCCUCUCAGUUCAAGUGGAUUAGAUUUCUAUCACUGAUCAUGACACUGAAACAGGAUCAUUUGAUGUUAACCCUCUUAGUUUAAAUGCACUAAACCUUCAUCACCUUCAAUUGUAGUUAAAUUCAAUUUGUAUUUCACCAAACUUUCAUUGAAAACUAGGUUAAGUUGUGAAUGCAAAUGCGAGUUUGUUGUACAUUCCCUGCAAUUGGCAGGCACCUAUUCCUGAAUCUACCCAGGAAAUGGACAAAGCGUUAUAUAUAGAGUAUAUUACUUUUAAGACAGUUUUUAUUAUGAGACUAAAUUCCAUAUAUGUUUGCCCAGUUUCUGUUUUACCAAGAAUAAAGAUCGUGUUCCAACUUUCUCCAAUU